AUGCCACCUCCACCGCCUCCCGCAACCCGGACCAUGUCUCCGCCGACAAGGCGUCCCGGUGAUCGCGACCAAAUCUAUAAUCCGCGCCAGUCCGAUGCCAGCUUGCCAUACCGAUCAGACAACAACGAGACUGUUACCAUCCAGAAGCCCAAUGGCUCCGAAACCACUUUCAAGCUUCCCCCGACCAACCUCAAGGAUCUACCGUACCGACCCGCUCCCAAUGGCACCUCGGAUCCAAAGAGACGGCCAUCCGACCCAGCCUACCGCCCCGGUGACCGUGACCGUGAUCGUGAACCGCAACCACAACGAAGAGCUUCUUCCCCAUCUCCAGGCACAAUUCCACCAGCCCCAGUAUCUCCCACUUCCAAGCCAUCAUAUGUUCCCGGUCACUCCCCGCCCGGAUCUAGGAACCCUUCCUACGGCAACUAUAACCCACCCGCAAGCUCCAAUGGCCCCGACAAGAAGGGCAGCAUGCCUGGCGGCUUUCCCACGGGCGGGGCUAUCAAAAUACCUCUGGAUGAACCCCUCGACCCACGCUCACCUUCCUUCGCUCGUCGUCCACCUCCCGCUCCUGCUCCCAUCAACGGCGGCAUGAACGGCGAUCACGGUGGCUCUUUGAACGCCAUCGGCGGUGGUACCAGCCGCCGUCCCGACGUAGUCGAAUCCAUACCCGGUCCCGCGGCCUCUCUACCCUCCAACAAGGAUGAUCGCGACCGGUAUGAUCGCGAUGGGCGGACUCGUCCCGGCGCCAAUAAUCCCCGUUACGGCUCCGAGCGUCCUCCAAGCCCAGGUUACACCAAACCGAUCCGCCCGCCUCCUCCCCGCAACAGCAGCACCGGCAACAGCGACUAUGGCGUUCCCACUAACAGCAAACCGAAUGGCAACACCAUUGUUAGCAACCCCAACCCAGGGGCAACCAACCCGUCCAACCCGUCCCGUCCCAGCAUCGGCCCGGGCCGCCACGGCUCCAUCAUCGAAAUGAUGCCCGGCCCGCCGCGCUCUCUCCUCCUCCUCCUCCUCCUCCUUCAUCUCCUCCUCCUCCUCCUCCUCCUUCUUGGUCACAGCAACAGCCACAGCCACGGCCCUAGCCAUCAUCCCUCCCUCGGUCUCGCCCUAGGCCCCAAGCCCUCAUCCUCCCUUUCCAAGCCCACCAAAACCGCCGCCAAGCUCACCGAACUCGAAGAAGGCUUACUCUAUGGCGACACCGAACGAUACCCACCGCAAAUGGAACUGGGCGACUACCGACAAGCAACCGAGUGUUCUCUACGGGAAUACAUGGCGUUGCAGCGCAAGCGGCGGCAGAUUUCCUACAAGAUUGCGGCGGGCAACAGCGGCAAGGAGGCGGCGCUGGUUGAGGAGAAGCUGAGAUUUCAGGCCAGCACGGCGAUCGAUGAGUUGAUUGAGUUGCGCGGAAGGGUCGCGGAGAUCGUGAGGAGAGCGGAGAAGGCGCGGUGGAGGCGGUAUUUGUGGAGUGGCGCUUUCGCAAUCUUCAUCCCCCUAGUCAAAUCCUUCUUCCGCCCCUCCACCGUCGACAAGGGCGCACAUGCUCGCGAGCACAAGCACAAGCGUGGCCAUAACAGAACCGAAUAUGCCUUCCGAAAAUCCAAGUCGUUGAUCGACCGGAUUCUGACGCAAGCUCGGCGUCCCGGUUUGGCCAGCUUGAGUUUCCUGGUUUUCGCCGUGUUGUACGUCUUCACCAACGAGGUAUCCCUUAGAGCGGCGAAGACGGUGAGCAGACGCCUGAAGAGGUUGACGGCCAAGGUGGAGAGGGGACGGGAGUUGGGUGAGGAGGACUUUAAGGGCCUGCAGGGGUGGAGGUGGGGGGUUUUGGAGUUGACUGCUUAA